UUGGAAGCCAGUGUUGUGGGUCGUCCCUUGCUAGAGUGGGAGCCAGUGGCCAGACUCGGGUUUGGCAUGCUCCUGCCUGGUCCAGCAUUGUCCGGCUGGUCCUGCAUUUUCCAGUGCGGUUCUGCAUAGUCCUGCGUGGUCCUGUGUGGUUCUGUGUGAUCUUUGCAAUUCGCUGGGCCUGUCUGGCAGCCUCUGAGUAACUCUGCUGGUUACAUCUGUGCAGAGAAUUUGGGAGUGGGACUGUGCUUUGAACUAGCGUUGCUGACCGCACUGAGAAAUGCCGGAGCUCUUAGUGCUUGUGUUGUCUUCCAGAAGGUCUUCACUUUGAACGCUUAGGUUUAGGAUCCACCUGGAGUUAGUUCUGUGGAGCUUCUAAACAGUAUCUCCUGUUAGAGUAGCACCCCGCUGCUGAACUACGAUGUGGAAUAGUAGAACUGAUGGCACGAGGACUUACCAGUUCUUAGGAGACAUUAAGUCACAACGUCGAAUUAAGGUAAGGGAGGGCUGCAUCCCAAAUACCCCAAAGAUAAGUAGUUGCUAACCACACCUGUUAGAGAUAAGUAUAAGAUGUAAAUGUUUGUUAUCCAAGAAUUAACCAGCUACAUUCUCAUAACAAAGGAGACCAGCCUGAUUUACAACCAGCAGAAAGGCCCAUCCCUCCACUGGGAAAAAAAAAAAAAAAAAACAACAACAACAAAAACCAGCCUCUAAAAGCUGCUCAAGGGACCACUAACAUAAAGAUCUUGUGUGAUGUAAAGGUACAGUAAUUCUAGAAAAGCAGCAUCUCCAGUCUUUUAGAAAACGCACUUUUGAGUCAGGAUCUUCUUUGUUGCUUGAGGUGGACUUGGACCCUGUCUGUACCCCUCAGGGCAUUGUCCUUGUUAUGCUCCUGACUAACAUUAUGUAAAGCUGGCAAUACACACCUGCAGCACAAGAGUACUAAGAUUACCAGUUUGAGUCACAGAGUGCACUGCUUGUUGCAGAACAGGGAAAGGGUUUGUGUGUGGAGCAAAGUUUCUCCCUUCAGACCAGAAGAGGAGGAACAGUGUACUGUCCACACUGUAGGGGAAACAGACUAGACAGCAGCAAGAUCACUGACUGAAGUUGAAGGCUGUGAGCUGCAGGGGUCUCCAUUACAAUGAGGGACUGCUGGGGCAUGAAUGCAGUGACCUAUGAUGAUGUACAUAUCAACUUCUCUUGGGAAGAGUGGAAUUUGCUGGAUCCUUCCCAUAAGAAUCUCUACAAAGAUGUGAUGCUGGAGACCUAUAAGAACCUCACUACUAUAGGAUGCAAUUGGGAAGACCAUAAUAUUGAAGAACAUUGUCAAAGUUCUAGAAGAUAUAACAGGCAUGAAAGAAAUGAAAUUGGAGAGAAACUUUCUGUAUAUACUGAAUGUAUUAAAGCCUUUGCAAAUGGCAGUCACCUUCAAAGAAAUGCAAGAACAUGUACUGGAGAGAAACCUUAUGAAUGUAAUCAAUGUGGUAAAGCCUUUGCACGUUACAGUCUUGUUCAAAGGCAUAAAAGAACACAUACUGGAGAGAAACCCUAUGACUGUAAUCAGUGUGGUAAAGCCUUUGCUCAUUGCAGCACUCUUCAAAUCCACAAAAGAACACACACUGGAGAGAAACCCUAUGAAUGCAAGCAAUGUGGUAAAGCCUUUACUCAACACAGCACUCUUCAAUUGCAUAAAAGAACCCAUACUGGUGAGAAACCCUAUGAAUGUAAUCAGUGUGGUAAAGCCUUUGCAUGUCAAAGUAGUCUUCAACGGCAUAAAAGAACACAUACUGGAGAGAAACCCUAUGACUGUGAGCAAUGUGGUAAAACAUUUACAUGCCAAAGUAGUCUUCAAAUGCACAAAAGAACCCAUACCGGAGAGAAACCUUAUGAAUGUAAUCAGUGUGGUAAAGCCUUUGCAUGUCAAAGUAGUCUUCGAAGGCAUAAAAGAACACAUACUGGAGAGAAACCCUAUGAAUGUAAUCAGUGUGGUAAGGGCUUUGUAUGCCAUAGUCAUCUUCAAAGGCAUAAAAGAACACAUACUGGAGAGAAACCUUAUGAAUGUAAUCAGUGUCGUAAAGCCUUUGCUCAGCCCAGUACUCUUCAAAUGCAUAAAAGAACACACACUGGAGAGAAACCCUAUAAAUGUCAUCAGUGUGGUAAAGCCUUUGCUUAUCACACUACUCUUCAAAGGCAUAAAAGAACGCAUACUGGAGAGAAACUGUAUGAAUGUAAUCAAUGUGGUAAAUCUGUUUCGUGUCUUUUUCAUCUUCAAAUGCAUAAAAGAAUACACUGGAGAGAAACCCGAGAAUGGAAUUAGUGUGGUAAAGCCUUUGGAUGUCACAAUUAUCUCUGAAUGCAUAGGAGAACCCAUACUGGAGAGAAACCCUAUGAAUUUAAUCAGUGUCGUCUUCAAAAACAUCAGAAAAGUCAUGCUGCAGUGAGACUAUAAAUAUUGUUAAUGUGGUAAUGUUUUGUACUUUAUACAGGAGUAAAACUUUUUGUGUAUAAUCAACCUAAUAAAACUUUUGCAAGCCGGGUGAUGGUAGCGCACGCCUUUAAUCCCAGCACUUGGGAGGCAGAGGCAGGCGGAUUUCUGUGAGGUCGAGACCAGCCUGGUCUACAGAGCUAGUUCCAGGACAGGCUCCAAAGCCACAGAGAAACCCUGUCUCGAAAAACAAAACAAAACAAAAAAAACUUUUGCAUAUUGCAAUAAUCUUUGAGUACCUGAAAAAGAAGGUAAAGUCUUCUUCUUAUAAAUUAUUUGGUAAGAUCUUUACAAUCUUUACAACCAGAUAACCAACAUUAUUUAUUCUAUAGAAAAAAAUGACAGUGUCAACACAAUCUGUUCAAGCAUUAUGAUGUCUGUUUUCAUAUUAAUUGCACCAGCUAAGUCACGAACAAAACUGAAUUUAUAAAUUAUAUGAAGCCUUAUGUGUAUGUAGGAUAAAGAGAUCACUCUCAGAGAGCAACAGGACUGUUAUAUCCAGCAGGGAGAUCAUUCCCCACUGUAGCACAACUUCAGGUAUAGUCUGACUUCCUGACAGGAUUCUUUUCUACUCACAGGUAUAGGUAUCCAGGAUACCUUUCCUUCAUAGGUGUACGUGUAGCCUGAUACGAGAUAGUCCGUCUACCUUUCCUUCCAGAGCUGUAACACUUGCCCUAUGAAUUUAAAUGAUAAUGUAACCCUUUUAGAUUUUAUGCUUCUCUUCAAUUGUGUGACAUAAGAAAUUCAGGUGGCAACUUUAUGGAUGUGUACUUGUUCCUUUUCUGUUGUGAUAUAAUGUCUGUGUGUACUUAUAAAAGCAUUUAUUUUGGCCCUUGCUUGCAGAGGGAUAUAGGAUCACCAGGAAAGUGGCAUAGCAACAAGUGUCAGACAUGGCAGCUAAAGCAGGAGCUUAAAAACUCACGUCCUUAAAUUGCAGCAUGAAGCAGAGAGUGGGAACUGCAAAUGGUGUGUGGGUGUAAAUUCUCAAAGCUUAUCCCCAGUGGCAUAUUGUCUCUAGCAGAGGAGCAUUUCCUAAAUCUGGUGGUACCACCUACUUAGGAGGAUUAAUUUGUCCGACUUCAAGCCUAAGUGUUUGCUUUCUGUUUAUGUGACCGAAUUCAUGGUGAAGAAAAACUCUGUAAGUAAGCGGUUAGAUGUCUCAACUCCUGUGUUAACAGGAAUGAAUACUUACAAGAGAAAAAUGUUAGUGAGUGAAAAAGUGUUUAAAGGGUUGUUUUAAUUGUAGCUAUGUGAUGUCAGUUUGUGUUUGUGUGGGUAUGUGAGUAUGCAUGCUAUAUAUUGUGAGAACAUUGGUUCCUUGGAUCUUCUUGAAACAGGAAUUACAGGAAGUUGUCAAAAAUGUGACCUUGGUCCUGGGAAUGAGCAUUUCUUAAACCCCCAGCCAUGUCUCUAGCAUUGUAAAUACUUUCUAGGUUAUUUAUAUAAUUUUGAGGUCUCUAAAUAGGGACAAAUUCAUACAGAGAAAAACCCUAUUUAUAUAAACAAUUUGCUAGAGACUUUAGACAUCAUAGUUGUGUUCAGAUUCAAGAACAAAAUUAUUUUUCAUCAUAGCCUUGAAGGAAGUAAAUUAUUUGCCAUGUUCACUCAAGACUGAUGUUGAAGAACACUGAAUUAUGGUUUCUAUCUUGAAACAUUUGAGGUAGAUACUAAAGUGUGCUAUGUGUGUGGCAAAUCCAUUUAGUGAAGUUUAUUUUGUGGUCAUUAUUUCCUUCUGUGGUUUUUGUUUAUCUUCUAUUGUGCUUUUAACCAGCGAUAGGUAUUUUUUCAGCUAUUAUGUGUAGAACGGUAUCCCCAUCAUCUAAGUGUUCAUUGGUUAUUUAAAUAUCAGACAGUGUGUGAUCAUACUUUUCAAGUAAGGGUGUCUGUGAAAGGGUGGUAGGUUGCUGUUCUUGGUUUUGUUUUUCAUAUUUUCACAGUUUUCCCUGAGAUUUUUGUUGUUUGUUAUUCAUCCUGACUUGGAUGUCAGUAAUGAUUCAGGGAUACAUUAGAACUCAUGAUGCUCAUGUGUACCCCUCCUGAGUACAAGUGCAAGGGUGGAUGAUGCACUCCAAAUGUGUGUUGUUUUGUCAACACAUUUUAAAAAUGUUAAUGUUAAAAUGCUUAAUAGAAGAAACUAUAAGAAACAGUAAAUACUUCAUGUGUGUAUUUAAAGAAGCAUUCUCAUUUAUCUGGUAGAUAUGUAAUAAAUAAGGACAAUUGGCAAACAACUCUGUAUUUACUACCAUAGCUUGAUUUUCUAAAGGGAUUGAGGUCAGGUUUCUAGCCUUGUACACCACAGACCUUUCCCACUGAGCUGUCUCAUUGGUGCUCAAAUAUGAUUAGAAGAAACAUUACAACAGUAAACUAUUAUCUUCCUUUCAGACUGUAAACAUAAUUUCAUACAAAGAGAAUAGGAACAUGGGAUAAUUUGAAUAAUAAGUUCUCUUUUUAUAUAAAAUACGUACACUAUCAUACAUUCUUUUAUUUGUUCAUUCUGGGGACUAAACAAUUAUAAUACUUUCUUAGGACCUCAAAUAUAUGCCAGAGAAUUGCCUCAUUUUAUAAAGUCCACUGACUUCAGACUAUGAACAAUAUUGUGUUUCUUUAUCUUUGACUCUACUAUAAUUCAUCAAGGGACUAGGGUAGAGGACUUUCUUAUUUUACAGAUGGUGAAACCCAGGCACACAGAGAUAAGUGAUUUUUUAAUAUACUUAAGUGUAACUGCUCAUUUUAGUCAUCCCAACAUUCUAAUGACUCACUAGAUGAAGUUGAUGACAAUUAAGGCAUGGUACCACAAGCCUGUAACCAUGAUACUUAGGAAGUGGAUGGAGGAAUUUCAGAAUUUCAAAGUCAAUCAAGGUGAAAAGGAUCAAUGGGGUAUAUAUGGUAGGAGGUCCAUGGAACCUAUGGGGACUGUGAUUGACUCAGGACUGUGGUCAUAGUCUUCCCUGCAGCAAUUGAACUCAAGGACAUGGCACCAGCAAGUGUUGGCUUAGUUAUUUACCACUCAAUGUUUCCUAUUCUUGAUAAUAUUUUCUGUUGAAGGCAGCCUAGGGUCAGACUCAAGUUGCUCAAUAAAGAGUAAACUUCUCCUGCAAGUGUGUGUUAUCCUCAGGCAGGCAUGUGCUCCCUAUUUAUGUAUCCAAAGCAGCAUCUUUUGUUCUCAAACCAUAACAUACGACCAAUAGAAACAGACCCAGGAGAUUUUAUUCAUUUAUGUGCACAUACUUAUUCACACAUACUUAACAAGAAAUGAAUUGGAAGGGAAGAAUUUGGAAAGGAAUGGAGAGAGGACAUGGAAAGUUGAAAGUCAUAUAAUACAUUUUAAUUAAAAUGUUUAAAAAUAAAUUUUUAAAAAUAGCUUCACAAUUGAGAGCAAUGGGUGUUGUUGAAGAGGACACAGGUUAGGUUGCUAGAAACCAUGGUUGCUCACCAUCUCCUGUAACUCAGGUUCCAAGGGAUCUGAUUCCUUCUGACCUCUUUGGGUACUUCACACAUGUGGGCAAACACACACACACACACAUACACACACACAUAUAAUAAAGCUUAAAGAAUGAAAUUCUAUACAGUAAUUUCGCAGUCAUGAGACAGACAGCAGUCAGGGAAGGCUUAUUUUGAGAUUAGAAUAACUCAGAACAACUGUUCAUUUAAGAACAUCUUUAACAUUGAGGAUAGGUGGCUUUCCCAUAUUUUUUUUGAAUUGUGUUCUAUUUUCUUUGUAUAUGUAGGACUGUGGCAUUAAUACAGCUUUUAAAUGUGUUUUUUAGAUCAUACAUUUUGAUCUAUUUAUGUUUUAAACCAUAUAUUAUGAUAUAUUUAGAUCAUAAUGCAUGAUCAGAAAGAUAGCUUUGCUCUGGGAAUCUCCAUCUGCCUAAGUGGCUAGACAUGCCUUCUCCUGUCCCUAUUUAAAUUGUUCAAAAUAUAACCUUGAGCUUGAACCUAAAAGAUACUUAAGGAUGACAUAUAUAUAGCAAAAUCUGUGCCAGGCAGGCUCCUCUUUUAACAUUAACCACCACUAGAUGCAUGCUGUUAUUAAAAAGAUUUUUGCUUAUUAAACUACUGAGUGUGUGGAAUGAUUUAUCCCUCAGAAGACAUAUUAAUUCUAGAACAGCAGUGCCUCCAGCCUUGUAGAAAAAUGUUUCUGAGACAAAUUUUCUUAUGUUGGAUCAUGCAGCCUUGAUCCCACUCCAUUGCUCCCCAGGGCAAUGACCUUGUUCUUGUGAUUAAACCAACUAUUUGCUUAGGUUAAGAAACUCAACCACCAUUGAGUUGUAAAAUCAUAAAUUUGAGUCAUGUAGUCAGCGGUACAUUUCAGCAGCAAGAAGAUUUGUGUAUGGAGCAUGGUUUCUUCCUUCAGACCAGAAUAGGAGGAAUGUUUACUUGUAUACACCAUAGGGGAAACAGUGUAGAUAAACAGCUGCAAUAGUCUCCAUUGUUUUGAUUUUUAAAUUUGAUUUUCUUUAAGUGCAUCGCUGCUCUAAUCUCUUAUUUCUUUCUAUUCCCUUUUGUUUCUAGGUCCUUAGAAUUUUCUUCUCCAUUUUUCUCAAGUUCUGUUGAUUUUUAUUUCUAUUUAGAGCAAUGUCUCUUGUAGCUAAGGCUUAUCUUACACUAUGCAGUUGAGAGUUGCAUUGAACACUAAUUCCAUCUUCUGCUGCCCAGUGCUGGAAAGAAAGUCCUGCAAUUGCUUCAAGGCUGGGUCAUAACUGGUCAGCGAGAAGGAAUAUAGAACAGUGAAUGAGUGACCUCUGACUUCUCUGGAUUUUAUUGCAAAUUUACAAAUGAAGAGAGACCUUUGUAAGAAUUGAGUUCACUGACCGACUUCAAAGACGUGUAUGUAGUCCCAGCACAGAAAGGGAUAGGCAAAAAGGAACAUGAAAGCUUUCCUUCUUUGAAAGUGGCACACGUUAGAAAUAAGUAGUGAGGUAAUAAUUUUUAGAUGCUUGAUUGAAGUGUGGUCCUAAUUUGUCUUAAUCCCAGAGUCAGAUAUUGGGAUAAAGCUGGGAGACCAGAGAAGCAAAGGAGCAGCCACAUUCACUUUUUACCUCUCCAAAUUCUCAGACCAAAUGGUGGCUGAGAUUUUGUCUCCACCCACUUUAUGUUCUUGACUCCACCCCCAGAGUGCUGGGGUUAAAGGUUUGAGCCACCUCAUCCUGAGUGCUAUGGUCAACUAGUGGUUAGCUCCACCCUCUAAUCUCCAGGUAAGUGAUUAGAUUAUUUGUCAGAACACAAACAAAAUAUCAUACAAUUGAUAAAUGUUCUGGCUGGUCAUUUCUAGCAUAUGCAGACCAGUGAUUCCAGAAUGUAAAUAAAAGAAUUGAACUUAUUAUGAAACUAAAUUACAGAAGAUACACUAGUUUGACCAAAAUCGAACUGAAUAAAAUGGUAUUGCCCUGUCUAAAAGAACCAUGUUUUUACAUGUUUAAGAUGUACAUCCUGAGAGAAAGUGUGUGACUAAAACUUGGUUUGCUCUAAUACAAAUUUCUUGUUUCUGGAGCACAUGGCCAUAAAACCUAUUUCAACUUAAAAAAAAAAAAAACAAUUUUGGGAGAAUAAAAAUUGCAUCAUUUCCACAUCUUUUUUCUACUUCUAAGCCCUUCCAUGGAUACUUCUUUUUUUUUUUUUUUUCCUAAUUCAUGGUCUCUUUUUUGCUUUAACAACAGUUGUUGUUUACAUGUGACCUAUGUUUGGCUGCAGGAUUUAUGAGCUAUGAAGCAGAGGGAUGUUUUCACUGGACAUCAAGUUUGUAAUGGAAUAUGCAUCCAAGGAACACUCUACCUUGGAAGAGCAAAAUGAAAUACCCUGAAAUACUAGAAGUGUUUCUACUAAAAUACAAAUUUACUUGAUGAGAUGCCUCUAGAGUGAAAAUGGAGAUUGUGCUUUUAUUUCCUGGCAACCCAGUCACAAAUAAUUACACAAACCUACAUUAAUUACAGUACUGUUUGGUCAACAGCUCAGGCAUAUUUCUAGCUAGCUCUUAUAUUUUAAAUUAACCCAUUUCUGUUAUUUUAUAUUUUACCACAGGGUUCAUGGUUUGUUACCUCACAUCUUGCUUCUUGGCUGGCUACAUGGUAUAUAACUCUGUCUUCUUUUCUCCCUGUAUUCAGUUUAGUUUUUCUGCCUAGCUAUGUUCUGCCCUGCCAUAGGCCAAAGCAUCUUCUUUAUUAACCACCACUAAUAACAUCUGUAUAGCAUGCUGAGAAGAAUCCUACAUCAUUUCCCCUUUUCAUUCUAUAUAAAAUAUUUUAACUUUAAUAUAGUAAAAUUACAUAUAACAAAACAGGC